AUGAGUCAACAAAAUAACAACAACAACAAACCUCCUUCUUCAAAAUCUUCAACAAAUUUGAGGAGAGGUCCUUGGUCUCCUGAUGAAGAUCGUAAAUUAAUUGAAUCAAUCAAUUUAUUUGGUGCUACAAAUUGGGUUAGAAUCUCUCAAGCUUUAGGCUCAAGAACUCCAAAACAAUGUAGAGAACGUUAUCAUCAAAAUUUAAAACCUUCUUUAAAUAGAAAUCCAAUUUCUCCUGAAGAGGGUCAAUUAAUUGAAGAAUUGGUGGCAAAAUAUGGGAAAAGAUGGGCUGAAAUUGCAAGACAUUUAAAUGGUAGAUCCGAUAAUGCUAUUAAAAAUUGGUGG